GGAAAGGAAAAAGUCCAUUUUCCGCAAAGCCGACUGCUUUUCGCGUUGAGACAGAGAACAGAGUUGAAUCAAUAACUUCAAUGAGAGCAAUAGCGUUUUCACCCUCCCAACAAUGGGACUCCAAAAUCCAAACCCGUCUCCCAAAUUCCUCACACACACCAAUCCACACCAACCCAAAUCUCCAAUUCAAAACCACAAGACACCCACUUCCCUGCUUCUCCCUAGACUCAUCAAAAUCCCAAACCCCACUGACCCCAAUCACCCCCACAACCCCACCCCUCGUGGUGGUGGGCUCAGCCAAUGCAGACAUCUAUGUUGAGAUUGAGAGACUCCCCAAGGAGGGUGAGACCAUCUCAGCCAAAACAGGUCAGACCCUGGCUGGGGGCAAAGGUGCCAACCAGGCUGCCUGUGGUGGCAAGCUGGCUUACCCAACCUACUUUGUGGGCCAGGUGGGUCAGGAUGCCCAUGGCAAACUGGUCACUGAGGCCCUCAGGGGUCGUGGGGUCCACCUGGAUCACCUGACUAGUGUGGCUGCUGCACCCACUGGGCAUGCUGUGGUGAUGUUGCAGAGUGAUGGGCAGAACUCCAUUAUCAUUGUGGGUGGCGCCAACAUGAGGUGUUGGCCUGAGAGGCUGAGUGAUGAGGAUUUGAGGGUUGUGAGGAGUGCUGGGAUUGUUUUGCUGCAGAGGGAGAUUCCAGAAGUGGUCAACAUUCAGGUUGCAAAGGCUGCCAAGAGUGCAGGUGUACCAGUCAUUUUGGAUGCCGGAGGAAUGGAUACACCAAUCUCCCAGGAGCUAUUGAACUAUGUUGAUAUUUUUAGCCCAAACGAAAGUGAACUUGGUCGUUUGACAGGAAUGCCGACUGAAAGCUUUGAACAGAUUAGUAAUGCCGUUGUCAAAUGCCAUAAAAUGGGUGUUAAGCAAGUCCUAGUAAAACUUGGGGACAAAGGGUCUGCUCUAUUUGUAGAAGGUGAUGAACCAAUUAAACAACCUGUCAUAUCUGCUGCGAAAGUACUUGAUACUACUGGAGCCGGUGAUACAUUUACUGCCUCUUUUGCUGUUGCUUUUGUGGAGGGCAAGUCCAUAAAGGAAUGCCUGAGAUUUGCAGCUGCGGCCGCUUCUCUUUGUGUUCAAGUGAAGGGAGCCAUUCCUAGCAUGCCCGAGAGGAAAUCAGUUUUGAAUCUUCUUCAAUCUCUUUGAGGAUAACAUUGUAUCUAAGAGUCGAUAGGUUUUUAACAUGCUUGUUCAUAUAAUAAAAUCCUUCUUUUACCUUCUAUCGACUCAACGAAACUGUUAUCUUGUUUCCAUUUCCAACAGCAGAUGUAACAUUCCAUGAUAUAUGCAUCUUUCGCACAUAAAUUGAAUUUUAA